AUGUUUACUAAAGUAUUGCAUUAUAUUGAUAAUAAUCUUACAUGUUCUAGUAAUAUUAUAACAACACCAUCAAAACAGUGUGCUAUACGACUACCACAAUGGCGAUGUUGGCAUCCACUAUUACCAACAUUUUCAGCUCAGCUAAUAAUUGCUUUUCGCACUCUUUUAGGAAUUGUUAUAAUUGCGAUAACAAAUACACUUGGUGCAACAAUUCAAACAGAUAUUCGUUUAUUUGUUGCUGGUGCCAUAUCUGAAACGUAUUGUCUUUUAAUUUUAAAUAUUUGUCUACGUUAUGUUUAUUAUGGUGUUGGUGCAAGCAAUGUCCUUGUUCUUCUUAUUGUACAUACUGAUUUACCAAUAACUGUUCAUCAUUGUCCAAUAGUACCAACAUGACGUGAAAAUUCACGUCAUUCUACUAUAUCAAAUACGGAUGUAAUUCGUUUAAAUAAAUUUCUUCUCCUUAUUUUACGUAUUGUUCAUACAACUAUAAUUGCUGCUAAAAUAAGUCAAAUUCCUGGUGCUCAUCUUGAUAUUGAUUCAGAUCCAACAACAAAUGUACCGAUAUCGAAAACAACAUUUAAUUGGAAGAAACCAUUUUAUGAUCUUGCUACUUAUAUUGGCAUACGGCCAUCAUUGGUAAAUUAG